AGAACCGCCAUCCAACUUUAGAUAAAUCACCCCGAUCUGUCUCAAGCAAUUCUCUACUUCUUCAACCUCACAUCUUUCGUUAUCUUAACUUACACAAUUCGUCUGAAAUCCAACUCCUUUAUCAUGAAGGUCGCCACUACUCUUCUCGUGAGCGCUUGGCUCCUCUUUGCCCCUGUUCUCGGCGAUGGGCAUUCCUUGUGCGCCUGCCAGUCGAGAUCGAAUGGGCCUACCGUCGAUUCGGCAACUCAGGCUUGCUGCAGCAGAGUCGGAGCACAGUUGACUCAGGACCGCCUGCCAGCCUCGGGGGGGAUCAAAUACGCCGGCCAAUACUGCCAGGGCAAGGAUAUAAGCGGAGACCAAUUUUACGAUUGCUGUCGAAACAAUGGCGGUGGAGAUUCUACUUGUCCAUUCUAGGACGCAUCAGGACAGACCCUUAGCCGAGUACCAAUAUUUGCUAUGAGGCUGGACAAUCCCUUAGACUAGUUUGGCGUACUAGCCCAUGUUCAAACCAUCUCAUAGGGGUGGGUAGCGAAGACUUUUAUUUAGCUGCGUAGCCAUUCAACAUGGCGUUUAUCAAUUUGACUGCUGUUUUAAA